UCCAUCGGUUGCUCACUUAUAUUGUUGUUGUUCAUCCUAGUAAUAACCUUUCUCCGUUUCCCACUGCCACCAACGAUCCUCGAAAACCCUAACCCUAACCCUAAUCGGAUCCGAGCGAGUCCUCCGACCAUGGUGCUGAUCCCGCUGGUGCGAGACUACAUCGAUCGGAUGUUGCAGGACAUCUCCGGCAUGAAGGUCGUCAUCCUCGAUCCCCAAACGGUCAGUAUUGUAAGUGUUGUAUAUAGCCAAUCGGAUUUACUUAGGAAGGAGGUCUUUCUGGUGGAAACAGUGGAUAACAUGUCAAAAGAAUCAAUGGUGCAUCUCAAAGCAGUUUAUUUCCUUCGCCCAACAUCAGAGAACAUCCAGAAGCUACGGCGCCAAUUGGCUACUCCAAGAUUUGCAGAAUAUCACUUAUUUUUCUCCAACAUUUUGAAGAUUCCUCAAAUUCAAGUGCUUGCUGAUUCGGAUGACCAGGAGGUUGUUCAGCAAGUUCAAGAGUUCUAUGCUGAUUUUUGUGCCAUUGAUCCUUACCACUUCACUUUGAAUAUGAACAUGAACCACAUAUACAUGCUCCCUACAGUGGUGGAUCCCCCAAGCACACAAAGCUUCUGUGAUCGAGCAGUUGAUGGAAUCACUGCAGUAUUCUUAGCCUUAAAACGCCGCCCUGUCAUUCGAUAUCAACGCACGUCAGAAAUUGCUAAAAGGAUUGCUCAAGAAUCUGCUAAGCUUAUGUAUGAGCAGGAAAGCGGUCUUUUCGAUUUCAGGCGUACGGAGAUCUCUCCACUGUUGCUAGUAAUUGAUAGGAGAGAUGACCCUGUUACCCCAUUGCUGAAUCAAUGGACAUAUCAAGCAAUGGUCCAUGAACUUAUCGGCAUUCAAGAUAACAAAGUAGAUCUAAGGAAUAUUGGCAAUGUUCCCAAAGACCAGCAGGAGGUUGUUCUGUCAUCAGAACAAGAUGAAUUUUUUAAAGCCAACAUGCUUGAAAAUUUUGGAGAUCUUGGAAUGAAUAUUAAGAGAAUGGUAGAUGAAUUUCAACAAAUUGCGAAGAGUAACCAGAACAUUCAGACAAUAGAGGAUAUGGCAAAAUUUGUUAAUAACUAUCCGGAGUACCGAAAGAUGCAUGGAAAUGUAUCAAAGCAUGUGACAAUGGUCACAGAAAUGAGCAGAAUUGUUGAAGAACGGAAGCUUAUGUUAGUCUCCCAAACAGAGCAAGAGCUUGCAUGUAACAGUGGACAAGCAGCAGCCUUUGAGGCUGUAACCAAUCUGCUGAACAAUGAAAGUGUUUCUGAUAUUGACCGCUUAAGAUUGGUUUUGUUGUAUGCUUUGCGCUACGAGAAGGAGAGCCCUGUCCAGUUGAUGCAACUUUUUAACAAACUAGCUUCAAGAUCUGCAAAGUAUAAGCCAGGUCUUGUUCAGUUCCUCCUCAAGCAGGCUGGUGUUGAUAAGCGAACAGGUGACUUAUAUGGGAACCGGGAUCUCCUAAAUAUUGCUCGCAAUAUGGCACGCGGACUCAAGGGCGUCGAGAAUGUUUAUACUCAACAUCAACCUCUUCUUUUUCAAACCAUGGAGGGGAUUGUCAAGGGGCGACUAAGAGAUGCCGACUACCCUUUUGUUGGCAAUCACUUUCAACAGGGCAGACCACAGGAUGUAGUGAUUUUCAUUGUUGGUGGAACAACUUAUGAGGAAGCACGUACUGUUGCUCUUCAUAAUGCCACGAACUCCGGAACUCGUUUCUUUCUCGGUGGCUCUGUAGUUCUCAAUUCUAAAAGAUUUCUAAAGGACUUGGAAGAGGCACAAAGAAUACACCGAACGACCACUGCAGUAUAGAUCAGGUACGAGAUCUCAAAUUCGCGCGCUAGAUUGAUGAGAUAUAUAUUGUAGAAAAGAUUAGAUGUAUGUGUGUGCUACACAUCUUACGGAACAAGCAUGAUCAAUUCAAAACUAGUGCGAUACUCCAAGUCUUUGUUUGUAUAAUAAGGAUGUGCAUUAUGCUUAGUUUUACAUUUUCUAUAGUAAUUUCGUAUAAAAGCCACUUGUAUCGAUCAUUCCACAACUCGUGACAGCCCCUGUGCUGUCUGAAAUCUUCAUGCUGUCAGUCUUCUUUCACCAAGAUGUAUCCUUUUUCUCCAGCAUUUGAGUGUCUACCACCAUGAGUGUGUGUUCAUUUUGUACAAGAUGAGAGAUAAGGAGGUGGUAGAGAGAGUAAAAUGAGUAUGGUGUUUUGGCUUUCCUGUGUGACUCUGAUCUAAAGAAAAACUCAAAGUGGGAUUUUUAUUUUUAA